UAGGGGCAAAUAGAAUCAGUGUAAAGUCUUUUUUAUGCAUUUGUUCAGCUUAUAAUUGCUGCUCAUUGAAGAUCUGUUCUUGACCACAGGAGAGAAAAUAUUAUCUGUUGUUAUCUUUUUUUGUUCUGGAACUGAAGUAGGCAAUUUUCGGGAAAGUGGAAGCAUCGAAAGAAAAAGCAUCUUUGUAAUUCUUAGGAAGCUCUCCGAACAGUGAGGCGGCUGAUUUAAAGUGUGAGCAGCAGACGGCUAAGACCAGCUGUUAUUCAAGAUAGCAUUCUUCAUUAGGAAAUCACACAAUUGCUUUCUCUCUGUGAGAAAGAAGGCGAGAUCUAGAGAAGGGAAACAUUAAGGAGUUUGUCUGAUUUCGGUACUCCAGUUCACCAGUGAAAAACCAACCCUUUCUCUAUAUUAAGAGAAGCAACCCAGAAACUGACAGCGUCAUGGAAGAUGAGGAAGGGGACAAUUUCUGUUGCACCAACAGCAGCCCACUGUCUCCUAAGAAUGAAAGUCACAUCCAGAUCUUCAAGGGCAACUAUUCCUUCUCUUCCUACUACCAGCAUUCUUCUCCAGUGGCUGCCAUGUUCAUCAUUGCCUAUACCUUUAUCUUCUUAAUGUGCAUGGUUGGCAACAUGCUAGUCUGCUUCAUUGUGCUGAAGAACCGGCAAAUGCGGACUGUAACCAACAUAUUCAUCCUUAACUUGGCUAUCAGUGAUGUUUUGGUGGGGAUCUUCUGCAUGCCAACCACCCUGGUGGAUAACCUGAUUACUGGCUGGCCAUUUGACAUUAUCAUGUGUAAGAUGAGUGGGCUGGUCCAAGGAAUGUCUGUCUCCGCUUCAGUGUUCACUCUCGUAGCGAUUGCAGUGGAAAGGUUUCGUUGCAUCGUCUACCCAUUUAGGCAGAAAUUAACUCAAAGGAAAGCCCUCAUCACCAUUGUUAUCAUCUGGGUUUUGGCUUUAGUUAUUAUGUGCCCCUCUGCUGUUACCUUGACAGUCACCAAGGAUGAAUACCACUUUAUGGUAGAUGCCUACAACCAUUCCUAUCCACUUUAUUCCUGCUGGGAGGCCUGGCCAGAUCAAGAGAUGCACAAGAUCUACACAACCAUUCUUUUUUCACACAUUUACCUUGCCCCUCUGACCUCCAUUGUGAUCAUGUACGCUCGGAUUGCCUUCAAACUGUUCAAGUCAUCUGCGCCCAUACGGGGUUCCCACCCAGGGGACAAUGAAGGAAGAAGGGUCUCCAAAAGGAAGAUCAAAGUUAUCAAUAUGUUGAUCAUGGUGGCACUGUUCUUCACACUCUCUUGGUUGCCCCUAUGGACUUUAAUGCUACUGACAGACUAUGGGAACCUAACUGAUUAUCAACUUAACCUCAUCACAGUUUACUUUUUCCCCUUUGCCCACUGGCUGGCUUUCUUUAACAGCAGCAUCAACCCAAUAAUUUAUGGAUACUUUAAUGAGAACUUCCGCAGAGGAUUCCAAGACGCCUUUAAAGUCCAGCUAUGCUCCAUGGAAAGGGAAACCAAGGACACCUACUCUGAUAGGAACAACAGUGGAUUCCUUUCUGGGGCACGCAAUCGGAUUUUUGUUGAAGUUCAAGCCAGUGACUCAGCUCCGCCUUCUGAGUCGGGUCAAAGCAGCCUCCUGAAAUCAGGACUAUUUCCAUCAAGGACCGGGCGGGUAGCUCACCAUGGGCUGAUGGUGGAAGAGUUUGACAGUAAAACUUGCUCUCAUAAUACAGUCAGCAUCCCAGCCUGGGAUCUCUAAGGGUAUUUGAGACUCCACUGCCUUGAGGGACUGACUUUUCUUGGUAUAGUUAUGUUCCUUUUACAGCACGUAUGAACCAAACACAUUUCAAGUAAGCUGCUCAAGACCAGACUCUUUCCAUCGCAGACCUCUGAGUGAAAGGAUAUGACAUUGGAGGGACUAUGUCUGCUUUUUCUUCUACAGACAAAUUUUGAUACUUUGGAAUGGCACAGGCCAAUUUUAAUAAUGUUUAAAUAUAUAGAUGUGCCCCCCACUCCCCCUUAAAAUGUUACAAAUGUUCAAAUGAGAUGUGAGGGGCCAGACCUGGGAUUAGAGGAGAAGCAGAAGUCGUUCUGAGGUGCAGUUGAUGGUGAGCUUGCUUGUCUUCCAUCUAGGUACUGAUGCUGCCAAGCUUAUCUUAAAAUGACUGAGUACCUUGUAGCUCUUUCUUGACCAGUGCUUCCCAGAUGUUCUUAGACUACAACUCCCAAAAAUCA